AUGCUGUCGAGACGAGUCCUGUCGGCGGCGCGAGUGCCAGCGCUGGCUCGCAUGCCAACAACCCCCAGAAUUACAGCGACACAAGUCAGAUAUGCCUCUCAGGCUGAUAUACAGGACCCCGGCAUGAAUGGAGGAUAUGAGAACCCGCCAGCAGUGAAGCGCCAGUUCCGUGACCCAAACGCAGGGUGGUGGGAUCCUCAGGAUAAACGAAACUUUGGCGAGCCGGUCCAUGAAGACAACGAUAUCUUGACGACGUUCAGCCCGGAGGAGUACACUCACUUCAAGGCUCCCAAGGCCUUUUUCCUGCUCGGCUGCUCCAUAGCCAGCGUGUUCGCCUUUUCCGGCCUCGUCAGCCUCUUCUAUCCAGAUAAGCCCAGCGCCCCCCGAACCUUCCCAGACGGACUUGAGACUGAGCUUGGUGGACCAAAUGCUUUAUCUGCGAGAAAACCUCAUGAGGACAGCUGGUGAUGGCCGAGGAGGCUAUUGUACUUGUAUAUAAAAAGGCAGCCUAGAGAUCCAAUCACAGA